CUGAAUAUAUAAGCCCUUGUUCAAAGCAGCAAACCAGAAGUGAGAGAGAGUGAGCGUUUCCCUUAGAUAAGAACUCAUUCAAAUGGCUAUAGCUUUCAAAGCUACUUGUUUUCUGCAACACAAACGUUUCGAAACGCAACCCUUCCCUUCUCCUUCAUCCUCACUCAGAUUCCGAAACGUGUCGGCAAAGAAAACUUUCGUGACAAUGGCUUCCCUAGCUACCUCCGCUCAACCAGUUGUCGGACUUUCUGAGACUUUCAAUCGAUUGAAGCAGCAAAACAAAGUGGCAUUAAUCCCUUACAUCACAGCUGGUGAUCCUGAUUUGUCAACCACAGCAGAAGCUCUGAAAGUGCUCGACUCUUGUGGUUCAGAUAUUAUAGAACUGGGUGUACCAUACUCUGAUCCUUUGGCAGAUGGUCCUGUUAUUCAGGCUGCUGCUACGCGUGCCUUGUUGAAGGGAACCAAUUAUGAUAACAUUCUCUCCAUGCUGCGGAAUGUCAUACCACAACUUUCUUGUCCAAUUGCAUUAUUUACAUAUUACAAUCCCAUACUGAAACGUGGUGUUGAGAAGUUUAUGUCUACUAUCAAAGAUGUUGGUGUCCAUGGGUUGGUGGUACCAGAUGUUCCCUUGGAGGAGACAGAAAUCCUAAGAAGGGAAGCUCUGAAGCAUGGAAUCGAAUUGGUCUUGUUGACUACACCAACCACCCCUAAAGAUAGAAUGAAGGCAAUUGUUGAUGCUUCAGAAGGCUUUGUCUAUCUUGUCAGCCAAGUUGGAGUUACUGGAGCUCGAGCAGAUGUUGGUGCACGAGUUGAAGAGCUACUUGGUGAUAUAAAAGAGGCUACUAGUAAGCCUGUGGCUGUCGGCUUUGGUAUCUCGAAACCUGAGCACGUAAAACAGGUGGCUGGAUGGGGGGCUGAUGGUGUGAUUGUUGGAAGUGCCAUCGUGAGGCUGUUGGGCGAAGCCAGUUCACCUGAAGAAGGGUUGAAAGAACUCGAGAAGUUUACCAAGACUUUAAAGUCUGCCCUCAUUUGAGAGUGGUUAGAAAAAACCGCUUGAAACAUCAUUAUUGUUACCUGCAUCCUAGUACAUGUAGCGCUGCCCUUUCAAGUAGAGUGAUCAUGUGUGUAGAGUUUAGUCUGGCUGUUUGUUUGAGAAUGUCUCGCAAUUACAAUAAUGAUAGAUCAAUCAUACAAUAAGGCUCCUGUAAUAACUAGCAAGUAUUUGUGAGCCAUACUGUUCCGUUUUAGUAGGAGAAUCCUACAUUUUGAGCUUCAGUGGAAAUGAUAACUCAAUUUAUUACGAAUACUCUUUUUGGUGAAUAUUCAGCCAUUCUUUUUUAUUUCUGUAA